AUGAAUGAACCAAAUACACCUAAUAUUUCGGAAGCACCAUGUACAUCAACAUCAUCUUCAGCAUGUUCUGCAUCCUCAACACCAUCUUAUCCACCAAUUUAUGUUAAUACAAAAACUGUAAAUGUAACGAAUGAAAGAACUUCAACAUCAUAUGUUCAAAAUCCUCCUGCCUAUCAAUAUCCUUCUGUUAAUUCACCACAAUAUUAUUAUCAAGGACCUUCUAUUCAUGAUUAUAGAAGUCAUAUUGACAGAUGGUCAUGCAAUCAGAUGCCUCCACGAGAUAGUGGUGUUCAUUCAAGCACAAGUCAAAGUGAAAUUUAUUCUAAUCCCUCUUAUUCUCAUUCAUAUCUUACAACAACUUGUAAUUCCCCUUUUGAUACUUCAUCAUAUAUCUCAGGAUUUAGUAAUGAAGAGUUAUCAUCUGAACAUCAAAUGACAUUAGAUAAUUUAAAGUCAAAAUGUUCACAUAAUACGGGAUCACAAAAUAUGUCACAGGAAAAAGCAUUUGAGGAAGUUUUACUUAUGCUUCAAGAUGUUGAAGAUUGUGUUGUUUUUAAGGCUGCACAAACAAUAAAAUAUAUAGCAAAAGAGGAUUCCUCCAAAGAAAGACAAUUUGCACUUGGUACAAUAAAUAAUAUAGCAAUAAUUCAAACAUUAAAUAAUGUUUUAAUAAAAGGAAAUUUAAAUCCAAAAAUUUCACAAGAAAUUUUAUCAACAUUUUUUUAUAUAUUAAGUUAUAAUGAUGGUGUAUCAUUAUUUUUAAAAUUUUUACAAACAUUUCCAAAUGAUCAAAAUAUUUUAUUAGAUACAUUAUUAUUACAUUUACAAAAUCCUCAAUAUCAAAGAGGUUGCCAUAGAUUUUCACUUAUCAUUCUUCAUUCAUUAAUAUUUUGUUCUGAUCCAUAUAAAACAACAAUAAUUAAAAUACUUCGAGAAAAAUUUGCUGUAUCAAAAAUAUUAAGAAAUAAUUGUAUUGAAAUUACACGAUUAGAGGAAAAAUCAUUAAGUAUAAUGAUUGAUAUAUUAAGAAAACUUUGUGAAAAUAAUCCUGAACAAAAAAAAAUAUUUAUUUGUAAUAAUGGUAUUGAACAAUUAUUAUUAAUAUUAAGUAAUUAUAAUUAUGAAAAUCUUACAAAUCGUUGUCUUUUAUUAUUGAAAGCUAUUAUUAAUUAUGAUCCAAAAUUACUUGUUAAUAGAGGUGUAUUUAAAAUAUUUCCAUCAAUAUUGAUGUCACCAUCAUCUAAGAUAAGAAAACUUGCUUUAGAAAGUGUUAGAGAUUUAGGAGAUAUUCAAGUUAGUACUAUUGAAUUAGAAGAUACCUUAAAAUGUCUUAUGCAUGUAUUAUGUACACCAUAUAUAGAGGAAGCACGCCUAUCAAUAUAUGCUAUAGCAAACUUUUUAUAUAAUAAUCAAAUUAAUAAAAGUUUUUUUAUCAAUAAUGACGGGUUAGGAAUAGUAAAAAGUUUACUUUUUUCAACAGCAUCAAUACCAAAUAGAGAAUCAAUACAAAGAGAAUUAGAAGAGAUAGAGGAAAGAUCAUUUGUAACAAUAAGAUUUUUAUGUGGUAAUCAUGAUAAAGCUAAUGAAAUUCAAAAUUUUUUAGCUCAUGAUGAUGGUAUGAUAAAUAUAUUUUUACAACAUUUACAUCACCCAAGACCAGCAGUUUUAAAACAAUUAUUAUGGAUUUUAUCAUUUUUAUCAAAAAAUCAAGAAAAUAUUGAAAUAUUUAGAAAGGAUGAAUUUAUUAUGGGUUUGGCAAAUGUAUUAAAAGUUUCUGUUACUACUCAUUCAAAAAUGACACAUAUUGAGGAUGUAUCAGUUAAAGAAUUAAUAUCAUUAACAUUAACAAUAAUUUGUAAUUUAAUAGAAGAUCAUAGAUUACGUGAUAUGUUUUUGGAAAUUCUUUUGAUGUCAGAUAAUUGUAUUGAAUUAGAAAAUGGACGUAUGAUAUCUUUACCAGUUGCUGUACUUUUAAUAAAAGAAGAUAAAUUUAAAAAAAAUAUUCUUCAAAUAAUGGCAAAUUUUUCAAAAGAUGAAAGAAUGGUUGGAACAUUUACAUCACAUCCAGAAGUUAUAGAAAUUAUUAAAACAAUUAUGAUAAAUGAAACGGGUAUAUGUAAUAUAUUAGCAGAUUCUUGUUAUAGAAAUUGGAUAAGUAAAAAACAAUUAUCAACAACUUCAAUGCCAUUACCAAAUAUAAAAGUAUUAUUUAAAGAUGAUGAAAUAAAUAAAAGUGGAUAUAAUCAUAGUAUAUAUAAAUAUCCAGGAGAAAGUUUGAUAAGUAAUUCACAGGAACAAUCAUCAACUUUACAACAUCAUUUACCAUUUAAUUCAAAAUUGAUAAAUUAUCAAAAUUUUGAAACAUCACAUCCUGUUUUAAGAUCCUCUACAAAAGAAUUACCUUUUAAUGAUAAUGUUACUUUUAUGUCUACUUCUGUUACUCAUCACCCAUCUACUAUAUUUUCACCAAAUGAUGAAAUAUAUUAUGGUGUUGAGGAUAAUUUAUAUUAUGAAAGAAAUUUAGAUCCAAAUACUACUUCUGAUAGUGGAUUAGGAAGAACUUUUAUUGAAUUAGAAAAUCAAACAUUAAUAGAAGGAAGUAGUGGUUAUAAUAGUAAAAGACAAAAAAUGAAUACUGAUUAUAUAAUACCAUAUAAUUAUAUACCACAAUCAGAAAUUCAACUUUCAAGGCAAUUUAGUGAAGUAAAUAUUUCACCUAUUCAAUCAACAAAUUUAAAUAUUGAUGGAUCAUCUCAAUAUAACAUAAUACCGGUAAAAAAUAUUAAAAAUGAUGAUAUGAAAGAUAAAAUUAAUAAUAAAAAUGAGGAAGUUGAAAAAAAUUGUGAAGAUAAUUUAAAUGAAAGUAAAAUUAUUGGUGAAUUAUAA